UAUAUAUAAACCUUUUUUAAUAAAAAAAUUUUUUUUUUUUGUUAAUUUUUGCUUCCUAAAAGCAAAAAUUUUAGACUAAAAUUUUUGAAACCAAAUUGUGUUCAUUACAAAAAAAGAAAAAGCAAAAAAAUUUUAAAUAUAAUAUAAAACUUAAUUAAAAAUGAACUUACUUUAAAUAUGUAAAAAGAAAAAAAAAGUUUAAUAAAAUAUUCCAUAAUUUUGUAAUAUAUAUAAAAAUUAAAUACAACAAUAGUUUAUUAAAAAAAACAAAAAGAAAACUUAAUUAAUUCAUAAAAACAAUUAAUAGUGAACGUUAAAUAGCGAAAAAUACAUAUAUAAAUUAAUAAAAUAAAUAAGUAAAUAGUUGAAAUAAAUUAAAUAAAUAAUAAAAUUUAAUAAAAAUAUAAAAACACAAGUGAAAUAAUCAUAAAACUAUUAGUAAAAAAAAAAGAAGAAAAAAAUAUUAAAUAAUUUGAAGAAAAAAAAAACAAAAAGUUAACAUAAAUAUAAAUUAAGGGUCAGAAAAAAAAAUUAAAUUUAAAUUAUAAUAAAAUAAAAUAAAAAGAAGAAAAAUAAAUAAAUAGUUAUAAAAAAUAGGAAAUAGAUAAUUUUUUGUAUUGAAAUUUAAAAAAAAUAAUAGAAAAAUUUCACAUUAAAAAAUCAACACUUUUAAAAAAAUUUUUUAAACUAACAAACACAACAUUACAAAUUGUAAUUUGAAAUUCACCAAACAAAAAAAAACAAGCCGAAAUUUUGUUUAUUUUUUUGUUUAAUUUAAUAAUUUAAUUUUUUGUUUUUAAAAAUAAUAAAUAUCAAGAAAAAAUUUAGAAUAAAAUAAUAUAAAAGUAGUUUCUAUACAUAAUAUUAUAUAAAAUAAAUACCUAAAAAUAAUAUAAAAAACAUAAACAAAAAUUCAGAAAAAUAAACAAUUUUGAUUAUAUCUAGAAUAUUAUAAUAAAUCAUUAUAUAGAAUUAAUUAAAUGAAAUUUCAAUAUUGAUAUUAAAAACAAUAAAAUUAAAUAAAAUAAAUAAAUAAAACGAUACUCUAAAAAUAUAAUUAAAAUUCAAAAAUCAUAACCAUAAGUGCAAAUGAAAAAUAUAAAUUAAAAUAAAAUAAUUAAAUAAAAUAAAAAAAUUUGAAAAAAAAAACUAAUUUAAAAUAAUUAAAUUACAUACUAAUUUUCUUAAAAUAAUUAAAAAUAAAACUGAAAAAGAAAAUACAAAAAGUUCAACUAAAUUACAAAUAAAUAAAAAUUUUUAACAAAUUUCAAAAGGAUUAUGGCGAAUUUUAUAGUAAAUCUGAGACGGAAAAAGGUUGACCUUACGUGUGAUUAGGACGUGUUGUUACCCUAUAGCCCCUUUGCAGAUAUGGGCGCAACAUGGCCUCAGCACAACUAUUGCAUUUUUAUGAGACAGCAGAAAAAAAUAAACAAAAAAUUACAAAAAAAUAUUUUAGCAAUAAAAAAAAAUCAAUCACAAAACAUCAUUACAAUCUCUGCCAACAAAAAAUUAAAAAAUCCAAAAAAAUUAAUAGAAAAAUUCAAAAUUAUAUUAAAAUUUCCAUUAUUAUUGGAAAAUCGAAAACAAUAUCAUUUUUUACGAAAAACAUCGAAAAUAAAAAAAGAAAAUUUAGAAGAAAAUUUCAAAUUAAAAUCGCAACUAAUACAGCAAUUAAACAUCGAAGAGUAUGGAACUACAAAAGAAAAUAUUUAUUACGAAAAGAAAAAGCAAUCAACAACGAUCAAAAGAAAUUUUCCAAUCAAUUACAAAGCAACAGAAACGACAAAAACAACAAGAACAACAGAAGAAAAGAAAAAUUUUCAUCAUACAAUGCAGAUGAUCCCAUUAAAAUCAAUAAAAAGAAUAACAAUAAAUUCAAACUACUAUUAUCACUUUGGAAUUGUUCAAACAGUAAUGAUGAAAUUUUUUAUGCUAAUGAUAAUGAUUAUACAAUUAGUUGCUUUGUUAUAUGUAAUAAAAAAUUUUCAAUCAAAAAUAUUUCCUCCUAUAAACGAACAGAAAGAAAAAAUGAUCGAAAAAUGGAAUUUUCAAAAGAGAUUACUAAUGUUAGUGAACGGAUUCUUUUCAAUAAUCAUAUGUCUUCUGUAUCUGAUAAAUAUUAUUCUUCCUUUUUCAAUAAAAAAAAAUCUGUUAACAUUGAAUUCAAACUAUUUACUAAAAAUAAAUGUUAUACAAUGUUUAAAAAUGAAUUUGAUAUUAAAACAAAAAAUUAUACAAAUUAUAUGGAAUAUAAUUCAGUUACAGGGAGCUCUUAUAAUCGAUUCAUUGAAAACAAGAAUAUUUUUAUUAACAAGAACUACAAUUAUAACAACAACAACAAUAAUAAUAAUAAAACACAACAAAUUAUUAAUUCAUAUGAACAGGGAGAUUUUAAAAAUAAUAAUGAAAAUCAAAAUGAUAAAAUUGAUUGUAAUGAUGAUAAUAAAUAUGAUAUCUUAUGCUAUUAUCCUUAUAUUCGUUACAAAUUUGAUAAAAUUCUUAGUUAUGAUGAGCAAUUUAAGCCAUUUACCUGCCAUACAACAAAAUAUAAAUUAUUGUCUUCUGUUAAAACUGCCAACAUUAAAUUGUUGUUAUUAUUGUCAUCGUCAAAAUCAAUGUUAUUAUCAUUAUCAGAAAAAAAAUCGAAUCAAUUAUAUACAAUUGGAUCAGCAACAAAAACAUCAACAACAACAACAGCAACAACAAAAAAAGCAAUUACAAUUAUUAAUACAACAAAAGCAGAUAAAACAAUAUCAACACUUACAGCAACAAACAAUUUUACAGAACAUAACAAUAAAAAAUCAAUUCUAUGUCAUCAUCAAUCAAUUAAUAAUAAUAUUAAUUUACAUAAUACUAAGAAUGAAAUUUCAAAAUCAAAUUCAUUAUCAAUAUCAACAUUAUUACAACAAAAAUACGAACAACAGAAACUUCAACAACAACAACAACUACAAUUACAACAAAAUCAUGAAAAAUUACUACAAUUAUCACAAAUUCAAGAAGAUCAACAACACCAACGAAAUUUUAAUAAAUUGUUGCUUAAUUCAAAGCAAUAUAAAUGCCAAAAAGUGUCUUGUUGUUCAACCUGUUAUUGUUGCUGCUAUAAUAUUUGUUCCAGUUGCUGCCAUCACAUUCAAACCAAUAAUAAUAAAAAUAAUAAAAAAAUUACAAUUAAUAACAAUAUUAUUAAUUACAACAAAAAUAUACAAAAAUCAUAUUAUAAAAAAAAUGAAAAACAAAAUUUACAACAACAACAACGACAACAGAAACAACCAGAUUUACAAUUACAGAACAAGCAACAAAAACAACAGCAACAAUAUAAAAAUCAAACAAAACAAAAUGAUGAUUUUAAUCAAAAAAAUUUACGAAGACAAUACUCCCAUGCCAAAAGAAUACCGAAAUUAUCAAAUUAUAACAAAACAAUUGAAAAUAAUGAAUUCAAUGAAAAAGGAUGCAAUAUACCAAAGGAUUGGAAAAAUAGUAUUAGAAAAAAUGCAAUAUUUGUUGUUGAAAAUUUUCAAAAAUUUGCAAAAACUGUUUUACCAUUUUUUAUUCUAUUUAAUUUAUUGCCGUUACUAUGCGCAGGUAAGUCAAAAUUUUUUAUUUAAAAUUUUUAUUGUAUUUUGUAAUUUAAAAAAAAAAAUAUUUAAAUUUGUAUAUGAUAUUAAUUGUGAUAUUAAGAUUUUAAACACAUAAUGAGUUUUCCAAUUG